AUGGCUACUACUAUACCCUAUAGAAUACCAUACAAUGAAAUUCUAAACGACAUAACUUUCGCCAACAAUCACAUAUUCCUUCUCCGCACGAUACUCGCUGCCGUUACUGACACUGUUGACGACCCUUUUGCAAGCGACAUCGCCAUUUACUUGAGUGCACACGCCGCAUUCUUGUCCGAACUUGACACCAUCACAGCUGUCAUCGAUCGCAACAACAGGUACCAGGCGACCUCCAAUGCACAAGCCGACCUCGCCCGUGUCAGACGAGACCGCACCAACAUCGCCAACAAACGUGAUGCUAUACACGCCGAGAUUGACGCACAAAGCAUUAAAAUAGCCGCGCCUACCGCCAACCACGAACGUAUACGCCACUAUCGCAAUACAAUCAUCACCGACCCCAACGCAGCCACUGCAGCACGCGACAUCGCACGUGCAGACUGUGAUCUACAUACCAUUGAACACGAGUCACUCAUGGCUGAUCUUGAUCGCAUCAGGAACGAACGGGACGCCCUCAUCAUUAAAUGUGGCCAAGCACGAUCUCACUGCAAUAUAUGUGCCCUUAAACGUGACAGUCUUCUUACGAUCUAA